UUGCUGUAAACCCUCUCUCUUUCUCUCUCUCUCUCUCAUCCAUUACCAUGAGCUUCUUGAGCAUGGUGGAGGCGAGGAUGCCGCCGGGGUUCAGGUUCCACCCACGGGACGAUGAGCUUGUUUGCGACUACCUCACGAAGAAGGUCUGUGGCAACAGCGGCAUCUACGGCUGUCCCAUGAUGAUCGACGUCGACCUGAACAAGUGCGAACCAUGGGACCUCCCUGAGAUGGCAUGUGUGGGCGGCAAAGAGUGGUUCUUCUUCAGCCUGCCGGACCGGAAGUACGCGACCGGGCAGCGGACGAACCGUGCAACCGAGUCAGGCUACUGGAAGGCGACGGGGAAAGACCGGCAGGUGAUCCGGCGAGGACUACUCGUUGGCAUGAGGAAGACGCUGGUCUUCUACCAAGGAAGAGCACCCCAGGGAAGGAAAACUAAUUGGGUCAUGCAUGAGUUCCGCAUGGUCGCGGGAGCUGAUGACCCACAGAAGCUUUCUCUCGAGGAGGAUUGGGUCCUGUGUAGAGUCUUCCACAAGAGCAGAGCGCCGAGCGGCCAGCCAGCCACGGAGGCCGGCGAUGGCGAGGAUAUCUCCUCCUCCUUCCUCCCUCCUCUCAUGAACGGCUACCUCACCUUCGAGCAGGUGUCCUGCUUCUCCAACCUCGGUCCAGUACACCCAGCGUCAGGAAGAACCCAUGAAGCUAAUCCUUCCUCGUUUGCACGAAGCCUGCAAACCAGGAGCAGCUCAGCUCAUGCCGGGGGAUUACCGAGCUUGGAUUCUUCUGAUAACGUCGCGAACUACUUCACCAAGUUGGAUAGCAGCAAUCCAUGGAGGGAGGCCCCGAGAAGCUCCGAUGGCAACGUCAACUCGUACAUGUGGAACCCAUUUUGAGGACACUUUCUUUCUAGUUAGAUCAUGCUCGGUGUGGUGGAUGCAUGCUUUCUUGGCAUUGUGCAGUGAAUGAUUUGGGUCUCAUGAUCGAAAUCCCUUAGUUCAAUCAUGGUUAAUGACGAUGAUAUUAAUUUAGAUUAUUACUAUU